GAACCUUCUUCUUGACUAAGCCCUACUCCACGCCCCCUUGCUCACACCCGAACCAGCCUUGCUCCUCCACACUCAUCGCACCUUCGCGCCCCCUUGCACUUGCCUAAGCUUGCUCGCUACACCCUCUAUGCCUCUCUUUCUGCACACCAAAUCAUGCGCGCCUCCUGCAUUCUAUGCACCCAGAUCACUUGCACUCUGCCCCAGCCUACACUCUGCUACGCUCGGCCUUGCUUCUUGCACCAACUUUGCUCUGCACUAACUCUUGCGCUCUGCACCAAAUCCCCUUGCUCUGCACCAGAUCGCCUGCACUCUGCUUGCCCUGCUGCACCAUAGCCUGCACUUUGCCGCGCCUCUGCACUCUAUGCCCAAUCCCAUGCCCUUGCCUCCUGCACGCUACAGCCAUACAGAAAAAAACAACAUAUGCCAGACAAAAUCAUGAUUGACAGAGCAAAUUUUUUUUUUUGUUAUUUCAUUUAUUUCCUUUUAUUUUAUUUGGGUAUAUAUAUAGGAAAAAUUAGAUCAAAACGGCGGGAAUUUGGCUUGUUUGAAUGUGGUGUGGUGUUGACGGUGGAGAAGAGGAACGUUUUUUUUACUGGAAGGAGACUGUAUGAGAAAGGAGAUUGUCAAAUUGCAAGAGGGAUUUCAUCUUUGGUUUACAUUGUUAGGUAUAGCUCUGAACAUAGGAUUUUUGUUAGGAAAAUGGUGAAGGAGAUGGUGGAAGCUUGAUCCCGUGGGUGGGAUUCCUUCCAUUAAAUCCAGAUCUGUUCUUCUUUCAAAAAUCCACCGUGCUUGUUUUUAUCUUUUUGUGAUGUUUGUUUCUUUAGAUUUGAUGUUAAGAUUGUGUAUGUUUUGUUGGAAAAAUGAAUGAAAAAAAAAUGUUCAG